AUGGCUACAGGGAGAGACACAUGUCUUUUUUACUCAAAAACCAAUGCAUGCAGAUAUGGUCUUGAGUGCACAAAAGCCCAUCGGAUUCCUAUAAGAGGCAAGGUUGUUGUUGUAAAAGGAAUGUACUUGUAUCCUAAGAAUGAUCCAGAAUCCACACUGAGCAAGGAAUCCAUCCAGAUCCAUCUUGAUCUUUUCUACGAAGAUUGGUUUUCCGAGCUGUCUAUAAGAUAUGGGUCCAUUCGAAGACUUGUUAUUGCUUCCAACAGCUCUUCCCAGCUCCUAGGAAAUAUCUACAUUGAGUUUGAAGAAGAGAAGACAGCACUAAGAUGUGUUGAAGAAAUUGGAAAGAGAUACUACAGCGGGAGGAGAAUAGCUGCAGAACUUGGAAACUGCUACAGGAUAGACGAUGGAAUGUGCACAGACAAUGAGAAGGAGAAGUGCGAAAAGGGAGAGAAGUGUGGUUUCAUACACUCUGCCCGAGUGUCUACCGAUCUUGCAGAGGAAUUGUUUGAAUCCCAGGGACUAUUGUAUGGAGAGAAAGGAACAAAAAGCACUUGGUUUGAUGGUGGGGCCAAAGCCUCGGGAGAGAACCUGAGAAAGGGGCCGAUAAGAAACGGAAAUCCUCAUGAAAGUUAUGGAAUGUCUAGAAGAAGAUUGGAUGGACAAGGAAACCACAACCAUUCUAAGCGAACGAAGGGAAGGAGGGACGAGGAGUACCCAAGAGUUAGAAGAUGGUAG